AUGGUCAGAUUUUUUGGUUUGAAUAAAAAAAAGGACAAGGAGAAGGACAACAAUGAUUUGCCUGCAGACAAUGAACAAAGCACAACAGAAAGUUUGUCUGAUAAGGCACCAGAAAAUGAGGAACCAUUAGUUCCUAAAUCCGACGAUGGAACCCUUUCAAAUGCGGAUAAUGAUGAUGCGUUCACCACUCUCAACUCCUCCAUACAAUCGUCGUCGAUAUUCUCCAGAGGAAGAAUAACUUAUGGAACAGGGGCCUCUUCUAGCAUGGCCACAUCAGACAUGCGUAGUCAUAGCAGCGGGAAUAGUGGGUCUAGGAAUACUAAAAACUUACAGGGAUUUGUUGAUGUCGGGAAACCGCUGAGAGCGGUGAGUUUUUUGAAUCCCGUUAAAGAAGAGGAAUCUCAGGAUGAACAGAAAGCUUCGGAUGUUAGCUCUUCGGCGUCUUCAGGAUUGGCUGCUUCAGGUAGUGUAAGAGAAAACACCUUCAGUUCAAGAAGAACCAUCACCUUAGAAUAUGUUCAUAGAAGUUUGUCUGAGUUAGGAGACAAUUUAGUGGACAUAAUGGAUGAUAUUCAUCAGGACGUUAUCAGUAUUUCAAGAGCAGUCAUUGAAGCCGUCGAAUAUUUCAAAGAAUUUUUACCGACAGUGCGAGACAGGAUACCAUACAGAAUAAGCGUAGAAAAAUCGCCUGUAUUGCGGAAGAUCAAUAAGAUAGUAUUACAUUUUCUGGAUAACUUAUUGGUGUCUGAUGCAUUUUCCAAUUCUAGGUCAAUUCUUUUACGCAGGUUUUACUUUUUUUUGAAGAAACUGAAUUUGAUAACAGACGAUGAUCUAACAUCAGAAUCGGGUGUCUUGCCAUGCCUGUCAGUCUUUUGUAUCGAUGGCCACUGUAACUUACCAAGUAUGGAUAAACUAGAUAUGAUUCUAAAUGAGUUAACCAGGAUGGAUUCUUCCAUGAUUUCCGAUCAAGAAGGUGCCUUUAUAGCUCCCAUACUGAGAGGUAUAACUCCCAAAAGUUCCAUACUCGCAAUAAUGUUCGGUUUACCUAAUUUAGAACAUGAACAUUACGAAAUGAUAAAGGUUCUCUACUCGCUAUUCCCGGAUGUACACAUGUAUUGUGUGAAAAACUAUAUUAAGAAGGCUGCAUCGGCAGUAGGAAUAUCUCAUACAGAACCUACUAUUGGUCCAGUAUCGCCAACUAAGUUUCAAUUUUCACCUCCGUUUACAGUUCCGGAAAAUCUACUGGAAUUGCCCAUUUCAAUGUCUUUAUCCACUGAGACAAGCACUAAAAUCACAGGUACUUUAGGAGGUUAUCUAUUCGCACAGACUGGGAAUGACUCAAAAUUUUCUCAAUUUGCAAGCUGCUCAUUCGCCAUUACAUGUGCUCAUGUAGUAUUGUCUGAAAAACAAGACUACCCGAACGUGAUGGUACCGUCUAAUGUUCUACAAACGUCUUAUAAGAAGGUUUUAACGAAAGAAUCCGAUAGGUAUCCCGAUGGUUCGAUGGAAAAAACGGCCUUUUUAGAAGAAGUGCAAAGAAUAGAUCAAAAUUUGAAAUGGCAGAAGUCAAAAAAGUUUGGGCAAGUAGUUUGGGGCGAAAGAGCUAUUGUUGAUCGCCGAUUAUCAGAUUUUGCUAUCAUCAAGGUAAACUCGUCAUUCAAAUGUCAGAAUACUUUAGGUAAUGAGUUGAAAUCUUUGCCUGACCCAACUUUAAGAUUUCAAAAUUUACAUGUUAAACGAAAAAUUUUCAAAAUGAAGCCUGGUAUGAAAGUAUUCAAAAUAGGUGCUUCCACUGGUUACACUUCAGGUCAAUUGAAUUCUACGAAAUUGGUAUAUUGGGCGGAUGGAAAAUUGCAAAGUAGUGAAUUUAUUGUUGCGUCUCCUAAUCCAUUAUUUGCGAGUGCGGGGGAUUCGGGUGCGUGGAUCUUGACCAAAUUAGAAGAUCGGCCAGGAUUGGGUCUUGUAGGUAUGCUACAUUCAUAUGACGGUGAACAAAGACAGUUUGGAUUGUUUACACCUAUAGGGGACAUUUUGGAGAGAUUGCAUGCAGUAACUAAAAUUCAAUGGGAUAUUGAUCCACAGGUAGAUGGAUAG